GUUUCCCUUUCGCACGGUGUGAUGACGUCAUGGUAAAUCGGGUAAACAUUCGGCUGCUAUCUGGGUGGGAUUGGGAUGGAUUCGUAUGUUGCCUGGAUUGUGGGUGGAUCUAUUUUCUUCCCGUCUGUCUUUUCAACUAUACGUAAAUGUUUACCUUUAUUGUUCCCAAAGAAUAACAUUGCCUCCGAAGCGUCCUGUGCAGCAAUUGCGUUAAGAUGUACAUCUAUAAUUCAGGCCCUUCUUGCUGUAGCGGUUGGUUUCAAUAUCAUCAGGGAAACUCAUCAGGAUGUUAUUUUCAGCCGAUGCUUACUGGUUGACAUCUAUUGCAGCUUUGGAGCACCAUACAUGAUCUAUGAUGUUGGUGCUAUGUAUAUUGUCCAUCGAAAGGAAAGGAAGUUAAAUGAUGUUCCAAUUAGAACGGCAGUAUCAUCAUUCUUGAAGGAAAAGUGGGUACUAGUUGCCCAUCACAUUGGACUGGUGAUCAUUUUCUACCCUUUUGUUAUGUAUCUUCGCAAUGGAAAGGGAGAUUUCUUCAUAGGUUGUUUCUUCCUGGCUGAGUUAAGCACCCCAGCAAUCAAUAUCAGAAUAAUCCUUAUCAAGCUUAAUUUGGGGGACACAUUCUUCUUCAGGAUCAACAACAUAGCCUACUUAGUUAGUUUCUUCAUCUGUAGGAUUUUACUAUUUCCAUUCCUUUACUGGGCAUAUGCCAACAACAAGGGACUUUCUUUCUAUGAGACGUUAUCAUCCAUGAAGGCGAUAUGUCACAUUGGUUGUGCUGCCCUUCUUGCAAUGCAGGUCAUGUGGUUUUAUAAAUUCUUGAGAGUGGUCCUUCGUGACAGGAAUGCGAGGGUUCUGGAUCCUUUAAAACACAAUGGAAAUGGUAUGCAAGAAAAUAAUGUGCCACCGGUAAGGAGUGAAGGUAAAGCUGAUUAACAUCAACAUCAGGGGACUAUUUUACCAAGCAUUUUGUGAUUUUCACUGAAAAUUGUUAAAAGCUACUGAAAUCUAUGUAUCUGAUUGGUUGAGAGCUAUUUUUUUCAGUUUACUUCAUGAAACAUGCCCCAGGUUUUCCCGGGGAAGGGAGUUGUAAUUCAUAAAGCUAUUUGUCAAAUUAUGCAUUAUCUUACAAACAAUAAUGGAAUGGGUAGCAAACCAAACAUUUCACUCAUUUGCAUCUGAUGUCGUUCGAUAUUACAGAUGUUUAUCAAUAUUUUUUUCUGUUCAAACACAUUUCACUAGCAAACAAUAUUUUGUUUCUCUUUAUGUAUUUUGAAUUAAUUGAAAAAUGUUUGAUGUCUCACAGGCUCACAUCUUGGCUUGCUACAGUUCUGUCAUUCACAAUUUCAUGGCUCACUUGAGGAAAUGCUUUAUAAAAUACCCCCCCCCCCUCCAUUGCAUGGCAAAGUAACCAAUGUUAUAACUUUGCCAUGCAAUGGUAACUUGCAUGAAUUCUUGAUUUUGAUUGGCUGUUAAUCAGCAUUUCCAUGGUAGUUACCAUAAUAGUAACUUUAAUGCAACGGGACUUGGUAAGAAAAAAUAUACUAAGAAAGACACUUUUGUUGCAUCUAUGUAUAUAUAUUCACAAUCAUUAUAUUGUACAGUCCAAACCAAAGGCCCAUCUUGACCCUCAUCAAAUCCAUUCAUUUACAAAAAUCUUUUUCAAAAUGGUGCUCUGCUAAUUGACUACCCUGUUCUAGAUCAACCUAUGUUGCCAUGGUAAUACCUGAUCCUAAACAAUGGCUCAAACCUGGACUGACACAAUGGUAGUCUAAAUUAUCAAGCGUUCAUACCAGGGUGUAUUAGCCCCAUUACCGGUACUUGGUAUCAAAGGAGUAUUAGAUUGCAAACAAAAAUGUUGUGGGGAGAAAGGUGUGUCAUGUAUGCAUAAUGAAGAAAUCUAUUAUCGAUGUCUAAUGUAUUAAAAUGUAAUGGGAUGAAAUUUUAGCCAACACUAUGCCCCAUGAUCAGUUUCCACAUGAUGUUAUACUACCUAUGUAAUUAAGAAUCUUUGUCAAAUAGGAAUAUGUGGGGCAUCAUGGUCUGGUGUUUAUAACUCGUCUCUCAAUCUGAAGGACGUGGGUUCGGUUACCAGCUAUGGCAUGUUUUCCUUCAGUAAGAAAUAUAC